UGUAAAAAAUGUGGCCCGCGGAGACGGGAAGUUGUGGGCUUCCCCUACGGAGGCACACCGCUACAUCGCUGACCCGGAAGAGCUGAGCUCUGCAGCAGAGCGGGGGACGCGUGCGUGCUUCGGGAGGGAGGCCGCGGCUGGUAGGGUGCCCUGCGCUUGCCUCUCGGGCUGAGGCACACUUGACCCAAAUCCCAUUCGCGGUCGCGCAGAGGCCCCGCCGCCGGUCCCUUCUGAUUACACCAUGCCUCUCAGCCUCUUCCGGCGCCUUCUCCUUGCUGCCCUGCUGCUGGUGAUUAUUUGGACCCUUUUCGGGCCCUCAGGCAUCGGGGAGGAGCUGCUGAGCCUCUCACUGGCUUCCCUGCUCCCGGCGCCCGCCUCCCCAGGGCCGCCUCUGGCCCUGCCCCGCCUCCUGAUCCCCAAUGUGGAGGCAUGCGGGGGUCCCGGCGCCCCACCCUUCCUGCUCAUACUGGUGAGCACGGCCCCAGAGAACUUGAACCAAAGAAAUGCCAUUCGGGCUUCGUGGGGCGGGCUGCGCGAGGCCCGAGGGCUCAGGGUGCAGACACUCUUUCUGCUGGGAGAGCCAAGCUUGCGGCAUCCCAUCAGGGAAUCCCACGAGAUCGAGAUCGACUUAGCACGAGAGGCAGCAACCCGGGGAGAUAUCUUGCAGGCGGCUUUCCGGGACUCCUACCGGAACCUUACUCUGAAGACUCUCAUCGGGCUGAAUUGGGCGGACAGACAUUGUUCCAUGGCCCGAUACAUCCUCAAGACAGACGAUGAUGUGUUUGUCAACGUCCCCGAACUGGUAUCUGAGCUGGUUCGGCGAGGAGGCCGUUGGGAACAAUGGGAGAAGAGCAUGGAGCCUCCGAGAGAGAAUGAGUUUGGAGAUGAAGAGUGGGAAAGGUCCAUCUUCAGGAGCCAGCCAAUGCCUCUUUUGUACUUGGGCCGUGUGCACUGGCGGGUACACCCCACUCGGACACCAGGGAGCAAACACCAGGUAUCAGAGGAGCAGUGGCCUCCCACCUGGGGCCCCUUUCCACCCUAUGCCUCUGGCACAGGGUAUGUGCUGUCGGCUUCUGCUGUGCAGCUCAUCCUAAAAGUGGCCAGCCAGGCACCCCGUCUACCACUGGAGGAUGUCUUUGUGGGGGUAAGUGCCCGACGAGGAGGCCUCACCCCAACCCACUGUGUCAAGCUGGCUGGGGCCACCCACUAUCCCCUGGACCGGUGCUGCUAUGGGAAAUUCCUGCUGACAUCCCACAAGUUGGACCCCUGGAAGAUGCAGGAAGCCUGGAAGCUAGUGAGAGGCUCUGAUGGGGAAAAGACUGCACCCUUCUGCUCCUGGCUCCAGGGAGUCUUGGGCAUCCUAAGGUGUCGGGUAAUAGCCUGGCUUCACAGCUGACAGUGACGGGGCCACAGCAGAGGAGUGAGGAACUCCAGGUCUAGCCGGCACUCCUCACAGCCUUCUCGCCCAGGCCCAUGGCAGGGGCCCUAGCCUGGCUGCAGAUGACCAGUUUCUGCAAUCAGAUGCUCAGUCUAUCACUGAAGACGGAGGGAUACAAGAGACAUCUAGGGGCCUGGCCUGCCAGCCCCAAAGACACUCCCCACGACGAGCACAACACUGCUGGGGUUGUUCUCUCCAGCCAGAGGAGAGGGGCACAAGCUCCUCAAUAAACUUGUCUCUCUA